GGCGGAAAAUGAAAGCCAAAAAACUAGCAGUGGCAUUUUUAUUGUUUUUGGCCAUUUCACAAAAGUGCACAGAAAGCAUCGCUGAGCAGCUUGGACUGCCGCUCAUACAAAUAAGUCACGAUGAAGAUUUGGAUAAUGAUUAUCCCGAUACCAAAGAUGAAAUACAUUUGGAGGAUUUCUUCUGGACCGGUUCGGGAGAUGGACCACCAGACUACCUAAAAAAAGUGCACACUGGCAUAAGCAAGGGCAAGGAUGUGAUAGUUAAGACCGAAACGGUGGUGGCCACAGUCUAUGUGGAUGGCAAUAAUGAAGUCGAUAUACCUAUUUGUUUGGACUGCAAGCCUGACGAUGGCGGCGGCAGUUGGGAUUUUGCCGGAGCUGGCAUGCCUCCUUUGAAUUAUUCGGCAACAGAUCGACGAUAUUGGCUACUCACCGUCAUGUCUGGCUUCUAUUCGGCAAAGGACAACCCCAUGCUAGAGGACAAGUUGGCUCGCCUAUAUCGCAUGGCUUUUACCAGACAACAAACCCGACAUCUGGGCAUAAAUGGGGCACAGCAAAUAGCGGGCGUAGCUGUUACAGCGCCCCGUGAGCGUCGGCAGCCGCAACAUGCAACAAGCAGCACGCCAACAAUAACAACAAUGGAAAGUAGUGCCCCACCCCUACCUGCGGACGAUGUGGAGCUACUUGAUAUGAAUGCCGAUGGCACGCAUUUUAUUAAAACCGCUAUUGGGAGCGGAAGGGGAAAAAGCGAGUGGUCGAGUUCUUCGGAGGAAUCAGCUGAGGUGUCUGCUUCGAGCACUACAGUGGAGCCGAGCUCAGCUACAAUAACAACAACUCCUGCUCAAGCAACCACUGAGCCAACUGAAUAUGGUGGAUAUGUUACUCUGAUCCCCUGGGAGUUAAUACAACAGAAUGGAAAGUCGGAAAAGUUGGAGGAAAUGCGCGAGGCGAUAUUGAGUCAACAAGCACUGGAUCAACAACGGCAGGAAGUAGAACCCCCCAUACGGGCUGCGCUGCCCGUUCUGCGACCAUUGCACCCACUUUUUCGGGAGGAACGGGUGCGAGUCGUCAUACACAAUAUCACGCAAAUCAGCGAGGCGGAUGUCCAUAAGUGGAACACAAGUGGCGGUUAUGGCAUCGAUGACGAAUACGUAAACCUUAAAUUCAAUGAACGACCCAUAGCCAAUCAAACUGAACUCAUUUAUACAGUUCUUGUGGAUGGACGUCCUGUGUUGGCUACGACAGCAGCAAAGGAUAUGGAGCUGGUGAGCGAGGCAGAGGCAGUUAAAGCAAUGGGCCAGACGGUCUACAUGAAAUCGGAACCCUAUAUUAGGGAGCCCACGGCUACGGCCUUAGCUCCUGUGCCUCGCAGUGGACAGGCGGGUUUCUUCAACUCAGUGAGGAAUAAUGUUGCUCUGGUUGUUAUCAGUUCCCUGGCAAUAUUAUUGCUAUUGCUUCUACUGGUUACGGUUCUGUUGCUUGGGCGAACGCGAGCACGUCAAAAGGAACUGAGCACUGAGAACAGAGAUUCUUCACGCAACGAGCUGCUGUCGGAGAACCAGUCCGUUCGUCCAAGCUCUCGCGGCACAGUUCUUGACAGCACUGGACAGACGACUGCACGUUCCCGCGACGUCGGCGUUCAAAACUAUGCAUACGAGCGUGAACACGAAGCACGCAUCCACUUUCCUCCUGCGCCUCACGACGCACGCUCACGACGCGACUCGAUUUCGUCGACAGACAAUACAUCUGACUCCUCAGUGUACUGUCCCAUUAAUCCACCUAGCUCCGACGUGCAGCGUAUUUUGGAUGAAAAAGCGGCGAGAUUGUUUGAUGGACACAAGCGACGUCAUCAUCAGUACGAUCGUGCCGAGGGUCGUGAAGAUACCAUCUACACAUCUGUCGUAUCAGAGAAGAAGAGUGAAAAAUCACGCCAUAAAUCUAAGCGUCGUUACCUAAACGAGAACCGUGUAGGUUCACUUGAAACCAGCCCCGUACAGCUGUCCAAUGCAUCCUCCGCGGAUGAGGGAAAUUCGCCGCAUGCACUGCGACGCAGCUACGAGAACUUUCAGCGCAAUGAGGCGUUUAAUCCGCACAACAAUUAUCAUCGCAACAAAAUUCUACAGCAACAGCAGACUUUGUACGGAGAUAAGGAGAUUGCGUUGGACUCCACACAAGCCAUAAAUAAGGAGAUCAUAAAAGUACUACAACCCUCAGAGAAGAGUUCCGACACGGCUAGCGUUGGCUCGUUCCUUUCGAUGGCCUCGGUACGCGCCUUCCCGAAGAGUGCGCUGCCAGAGCCGCUGAAUCGCGUGCUGGAUCCGGUGUUUGUCACCUACUACGACAAUGUGGAUGAUGUGGCGCCGGCAGCUAUUCCGCACGGUUCGUCCAAAUCGCUGAAAUCGCACAAAUCGCACGGCAGCAGAGGUAGCGGAACCAUUGCUACAAUUGCCAGCUUUCCCAGUCCAAAAGCACCGCCCAUGAAAGGAGUACGAGCGGCCUCGCACAGCGACAAUCCCGAUCCUGGCGUUGUGGGUCCUAUCGUCUGGGAGCGGCACAAGAAACGCAUGAACAGUGCAGGCGAGCAGGCCAUGCGCUAUGCAGACUAUAGUCCCAUGCAUGAUCCUUCGGCCAUACGCAACCACUACGAGGGACUGCUCGAGGGUGCCAUGCAAAUGUAUGCCAGCCAAGAUGAUCUGCCGAUGCCACUGCCCACGCGUGACUUCACCAACAGCCGACGUGCCACGAAGCGCGAACAUCGGGGCUCCUCAGCGGGCUUGCCCAGUUUCCCGUCUAAGGCCUACAGCACCACGGACCGUCCGGCUACAGCACAGCCGGAGAAAACUCCGAAAUCAGCGCAAUCCACGCAGCCACCGUCGCCCACAUACAGUGCCUGGGGCGGCAGAAGCACCCAUGGCUCAGAGUCGCCGCCAUUGCGACCAUGUAGUGCCGACACUUUCAAUCGACCCGAAACAAUCCUGGAGUUUGCAACGGCAACAACUCUGACUACAAGAUCCAACACGCCAGGUCGUAGACGCGAUCCGAAGGCGUCAGCAGCACCACUCAUCGAGGCCAUACAGAAGAUGACUACAAAUGCCCAAUGGUCCUUGCAUCAUCAGAGUCUGCAACAGCGUGCACUCGAUCGCUUCUGUGCUGGCCGGACACUCGAAGCGGCCGAUCUCUAUGAAGAGCUAGUCCGGGAGCUGGAGCAAACGGGUGCAGGGCGCAAACAGCAGGACUCCGGCUACGAGGAAUGUCGGGAACGGGCUCUGCAACUGAGAUUCAACAUAAUAGCCACCAUAAAGACAGCGCGAAUUCAGCUCUGCCAGGUAACCGCGGAGGGUCAAGUGAAUCGCACGUAUGCGGACAUUUUCGGGCGUUGUAUGGAUGCCACGACUAGGGAGCUAAUGUUGCAGGAACCUUUGCUGCAAACGAAUCUGGAGCUGGAACAUCUGCUCGAGUUUCUUGAGCUUGUGCUCGAAAACUGCACUUCCCUUUCAUAUAUAACAUUGCUAACACAUGAGGCGUUGGAAAACGAAGCGCGCAAAGCGCAAGCAAAGGUAUUUGAGAAUCUUACCGAGGAUCUAAUGAAUCGUAACAUUCAGCUGCGUGUGACAUACUUGCAACGCCAGCUGGACCCACGUCUGUUGUUCAGCAAUGGGCAUCUGGUGGUCAGCAAACUGGGUCUGCACUACUUUAAGGAUGAGAAUGUUAAGCGGGGCGAAGUGGGAAGCUUCAGCUACGAGUUCCGUGCCUGCAAAGCCAAUGAGGUGCAGUACUUCAUGUGCGACCCGAAGCAGGCCAAGCCCCUCUAA